AUGUCCAUGUUCCGAAACAUCGGAAAGAACUUCAAUCUCGACUUUCUGGACAACAAGAUAGCAGAGGAGCAGGAAAAGCAGAAACAGUCGCAGCAGGGCGGUUCACAGUCCGGAUCGGGGAGAGGUGGACUUCGAAGAAAUGGCAGCAAUGCGGGCGGACGAGGUGGGAGCAGUAGUGCUCGACGGAAUGGGAGCAAGUUGAGAGUUGCUGAGGGCAAAGAUGGACAACCGGCGACGAAAGGGCCAGACCCGGACGAUUUUGUGAUUGGUGACGAUGCGUCCGAUUUGAGCAUCAGUCGGACAGCCACGCCGCCAGUACCCGCAGCGGAAGGAGGGAAUGCAGAGAAGAAGGCCGAGGAAAGCGAAAAGUUUGAUACAGACAACGGCAAGGGCAAGCAGAAGGCGGCCACCACCAACGAGGACACCCUGCCGCUUGAAGUCACACAGAAGCUGGCCCGGCUGGAAACACUCACCAUCCGCUAUCAAGAUCUCCUAAGAAAUUAUCGUACCGCCCACGCUCAUGUCGCCGCGAUCGAACCAUUCGAGGCUGCUUUGCGCGAUCACACGCCGCUGACUACCAUUGCCGAUCCUGGCGCGCUGGUGGAGUUUCUCAAUCAACGCAGUCUUCAGAGCGAUAUGGUCAAGGAAGAGCUGAAGCGGGUGUCUCUGGAGAAUCGAGAUGUGGUCAAAGAGCGGGAUGAGUUGAAGGUCAAGCUGGACGAGGCGGAAAAGAAGGUCAAGGCUGCAUACGAUGAAGCUGCUGGGCUGAAGAAGGAUGCCGAGGCCAAGCCGCCACCGCCUCCCAAGGACGAGUCUGCAAAUGAUGAGUUCUUCUCGUACGAAGCGGAGGUGUCACGAGGCGAGGCAGAUCACAAGGAGCAGCAAAUUAAGAUCGAUGGACUCAAAGUCGAGCUGGCUGAGCAGACGGACAAGGUCCAGAAAUUGACUGCGGAGAACUCAACACUGGCGGAAGAUCUUAAGAGCACUCGUCUCGAGCUUGAUGCAACUGCAAACAAGAUCACGUCAAAGGAUGACCGCAUCGCGGAGGUUGAGGAACAGCUGCAAAUCCAUGAAGUCAUGAUUGAAGAAAUUCUGAAGAGAUUCGAGGAGACCGGAGCGGUGACUGGGUCCGGACCGGCAGAAGACCAGGAAGCUACUGCUCUCCUCGCUAAGACCGAAGGCGAGGUCAUCAAACUACAGGAGCGCCUCAAGGAGUAUCAAGCCCGUCUCGAUGCCAGCAACAAGGAGCUGCAAGAAAAAGCCGCCGCUGCCGAAGAGAACCUCAAGAAGUACCAGGAUGAGCAUGCUGCGAACCUUAAGAAUGGCACGUACGCCGAUCGUGAGGUCAAGAAAUUUGAAGUGCUGCAGAAAGUCGUGACGACGCUUAAGGAGCAGCUCAAGACCGCGGAUGCUGAGAAGAAGGUUCUCGAGGUCGAAGUCAGAGAUCUGCGGUUCGCGCUGCAGAAGAUGGAGAAGGAGGCCGACACAUCUGCUGCGGCGAACGCUGCUCUGCGGAAAGAAAACGCAGGGUCAAAAGGCUCGCAAGACAAGCUCAAGACCAUCUCCGCCGAGUAUGAGAAGCUGAAGAAAAGUGCAAAGACUCAAGGCGCUAGUCUCGCCAGUCUUCAACGGAAGCUCACAGGUUAUGAACUCGAGAUUGAUGGUCUCAGGAAGAGGCUUCUCGAUGCUGAAAGUGAACGAGACGAUGCACAGCGAUUGGCCGAGACGAAGAAGGGUCAUGAGGCUGCGGUUGCAAGCUUGCGCAGUCAGCUUAAGCGUGCUGAAGGCGACAGGGACGCUGCGUACCAGAUGAUCAUCGACUGCGGAAAGUGCAACACGCCCGACAAGGAGAAGAAGAUGGAGUUGACCGUUCCCAAGAAUGGCGUGAGUGUCGGCGGCAGCACGCCGUCAUCUCCGUCUCGACGGGGCUCAGAGGCCACUGCUAAAAGCACACAGCCCACUGAUGCCGGUAGCGAGGCAGCGACGCCCGACGAGCAGGGGAAUUCUGUGGACGGUAAGAAGAAGCCGAAGAACAAGAAGAAACCUAAGAAGAAGAAGCCGGCGACGGAUGAGUCCGCGCCUGGUACCUCUGAAGCUCCGGCCACUCCUCCACCCACAGUCGAUGAACUACUGCGCAGUCCAGACAACAAGCCCCCUGCUGUCAUGCUGAAGAAGAGCUUCGGUGACAAUCCAAUGGUACCGCUGCUGGCCAAGUUUGUGGAAACGAUCAAGGAGCGAGCCGAAAUGACAAUCAGCGACAAUCAAGAACUGCUCUCUCAUCACGAGGACAUCAUUGAGACAUUGAGGCAGACGGUGCAGGACGAUAAGGUCAUCCUUCGCGCGAAGCUUGAUGAGAUCGAGGCACUCAAGGAGAGCAUGGCUAAGAACUCCGCUUCAUCAGAGGAUGCUUCUGAGAAAGACCAGAAGAUCGAAGACCUGCAGCAGGAGAUCGCGAGGCUUGAGGAGACGAUCUCGGAGAAGGAUGGCGAGAUGGAGAAGCUCAACGAGCGUCUUGAGGGAGAGGCCAAGCUGAGAGAGACUAUUGAGGGUCUGGAAGAGGAGAUUGAGACGUUGAAAGAGAGCAUGCUGGAGCACGGGUCGACGGCUACCGAUGCGAAGCAUGAACUUACAGAGCUGAAGGAGCGUCGUGAUCAGCUGCAGCGGGAGUUUGACGAUCUGCAGAAGGAGAGCGAUGCUGAUCGCAAGAAGUUGAAGGAGGCGGAGGCGAAGAACGAGACGCUCACGGAGCAACAGUCAUCCCUGAACGCGUCGAUUGUAGAGCUGAAGAAGUCCGCGGGCGACGCUUCAUCGGAGAAGGUAACGAGUCUUGAGCGCGAGAUGGACAACUUGCGGUCUGCCAAGGAGGCUGCUGAGAAGGAAGUCGAAGCACUGAAGAAGCAGAGCACAGCCAGCGGCACCGAGAAGGAUGCCAAGCUUGCGGAGCUGACCAAAUCCCUCGAGACUGCGAAAUCGAAAGCUACGUCGUUGGAAAAGGAACUGGCAGCGGCGAACCAGCUUGCGCAGGCCCGCUACAAGGACCUUACCGAGAUCAAAGAAGCCUACAACAAACUCCAACCUGACCUCAAACGCCUUCGGGAGGAAGCCGUCGAGCUCAAGACUGUCAAAGCCGACCUCGAAAAGUCCAUAACCACUCUCAAGCGCCUCGAAGCCAAAGAGAAAGACCUCCGGUCCGAGAUCUCGGAGUACAAAGCCCAAGCGGCAGCCAAAGCCUCCGAAGCCGCGACUCUCAGCGAGAAAUCCCAGAAACUCGAGCAACGCGCCGCAGCCCUCGAGGAAUCCUACGAAACCGCCCGCAAAGAACAAGAGAAACACCAGUCCAAUCUCACGGAAGCGCAAGAAGCGCGCGACAAACUCCGCAACGAAGUCUCGACCCUCACGUCCGAUCUGAAGUCUUCCAAGUCCUCUAUCACAGAGCUGAAGACGCAGGUGCGGGAACUCAACGAUGAGUUGUCCUCCCUCAAAGACGAAUUGAAUGUCAAGUCCACCCAGACGGCGUCCGCGCAGAGUCUGAUGGACAGCAUGCAAGACCAGACCCGCGAACUCGCCACGCAGAUGAAGGAGAUCAAAGACCGGAACGAGAGUCUGGAAGAGGAACUUGGUGACGCGCAUCGGAAUCUCGCGGAACGGGGACGGGAAGCGGAGACGUUGAGACGCAUCGUUAAGGACGUUGAAGGGAGGUCGGAGGAUAGGAUCAGGGAGAUGAGGGAGCGUUUGGAUACUGCCAUUGAAGAGCGAGAGAGGGCGGAGGAAGAGGUUGGUGUAGUGGGCAAGAGGAAGGGAAGGGAGGUUGAAGAUUUGAGGAAUAAAGUCCGCGAACUCGAACGGGAGGGCGACAGUCUUCGAGAUGCACGGCAAGUGUGGGAGAGGAGGGAAACGGAAAUCCAGCGACGGAACGAGGAGGCCGAACGAGCUGCUCUUGCCGCGAGGAACGAACUCGCGGAAACUUCGGCUGCCAUGACCACACUACGGGAAGCGCUCGACGAAACCGAACGGAGAGUCGCCGAGCUGGAAAAGAGUCGCGUGGAACUGAGAAAGGAAGUCGAAGAUCGCGAGAGACGGGCUGAGAAAUUGACCAAGUCGAGUAAGGCUCUGUCGGAGGAACUCCGCGCUUUACAAGCCACCACCUCUUCAGCCGCAAAGAGUCGCCAAGGAGCAGCAGCAGCCGUGGCAAGUCCGAGUCUGCAAUCGUCUCGCUCGUCACUCGAGUCCACUGCGCGGGUCAUGUCGCCUAGACCGGGCAGCAGUGCUGGAGGAAGUGCGGCGCCCGUGGACUAUGUAUAUCUGAAGAACGUUUUGCUGCAAUUCAUGGAGCAGAAGGAGAAGAAGCAUCAGAUGCAGCUCGUCCCCGUGUUGGGCAUGUUGUUGCAUAUGGAUCGGGCGGAGGAGCAGAAGUGGAUGGCGGUUGUUUCGGCAGGGGCGGGGAAGUGA